GAGACUCAACCGGAACCAACUGCAAAAAAAAAAUUACAGGCCGGAAGAGUCACAAGCGAAAGACUGACAAGCCAAUGACCGAGGCAGAACGGUUCAUUCAAAAGUGGACACCAAAUGAAGAAUCGUUGUUGGUGUCCGCUUGGGUUGACGUCUCGGAGCAUCCUAUCGUUGGAAAGGAUGAUAAUGGGAAUGGUAGAGAAAUAGGGCCAAUGAUAGACGAGUGCUAUGACAAAUACUUCGUGGGCAUUACUGCAAAUUGGAGCCCUGCCGAUUUCUGCCACGCCAUUUGCCAAACCGUCGAAGAUAUUAACGCAUGCAUAGGCAGCACACAGAUUCGGGUGCCCAAAGCUGAGACGCUUGAGCUAGCAUACAAGAAACAUCACAAAGAGGAAGGCAAAAAAUUGAGCAAGGAAGAGUUUCAGAAGAUACUCCAAGAAAUAAUAAUGGAGGCGGGCGUGACGGGGAUUGGCGCCAAAGACAUACUCUUCUACCUCUUUGGUGUCCCCGUCACGGCUCUGUUUAUCAAGCAAAGAAUCCUCCCCGCCUCCGCCGUCCCCAACGAGCUCUUCAUCCCCGCCAUCACUUCCGCCACCGUCUUCCUCCUCGCCAAACUCAACAAGAUUUGAUCCAAUCCAUUUGUUUUAAUUACUAAUUUCCCUGUGUAAAGAAGAAUCAUUUACUUCGUAUUUAUUUUAGUUUCAUAUAUAUUCUCAUGGCAUUCACCUUAGCUGGUUGAGAACUAGAGAUACUUAUUACAUUAGGAGAAUUUAUCUAUAUCAUAUUAAAACAUAGUCUAUUUC